CUUUAAAAUUUUACCAGAGUGAGGCGAAUUUUUGAAAAAUUACUUCAAACAUUCAAAGAAACAAGUUCUAUAACAUUCUAAAUAAAUUUUUCAAACAUUCAAUAAUGUCGGUUUUGUACGCUUUUGGUUUCAAUUCGUGUCGACAGAUAAACCCCGGCCUGAACGCGGACCAUAUAAGCCAGCCGACAAUACUCCGGUAUGUGGAGUGCAGUCGGCUGUCCGAUUCCUCUUUCCGAAGGGUUUAUUUCAUGGAUGAAGAUUUAUAUUUCAACACUGGCGAAACCAUUAUCGACGUGAAGAUAUCUUGGAAUUGCAUAGCGGCACUCAACACUUGGAACGAACUUUUAGUAUGGUGUGAUACAAGGAAUGGAGUUCCAUUCAAUGUGCCUUUUAGAUUUACUUCAAUAUGUUUCGGUACGACUAACAUCUUGUAUAAUUCUCACGAACAAUUGCUUUGGAUGUCAACUGACAACAUGCGGGACUGCCGUCAAAUAAAAUUAAUGGAAAGAAGGUGUAAUUCUGAGGACGGGGAAAGGCUAGUCGAAGAAGUUGUUGAAUGUGAAGAAGAAUUUAUUGAUGUCCAGUGUUGUGGGGAUGGAAGUUUGUUUUUUUUAUCAAAAUCAAAUGUUCUCUACCAAUCAGAGCGGCCAGCUGGGCUAUGUGAAAAAUCUGGAAAGGUGACUGUUGUGAGAGCCGAAUAUGCAGAUCGCAUGUUCAAUUUGUGGACACCCAAAAUUAUUCAAGUCACCUGCGGCAAAAAUCAUACACUUUGCUUGUCUGACGUUUGUGUGGUUUUCAGCUUUGGAAACGGCAACCAAGGCCAGUUAGGAAUAGGCAAGUGGGAUUUUGUGAUGAGACCAAGGAUGAUUGAUAAACUAGUUGGGACCAAGAUAACAAAAAUUUGUGCUGGAGGCUGGCAUAAUCUGGCAAUUAGUGAAGAUGGUGACAUCUACUCCUGGGGCUGGAAUCGUUUUGGACAAGUGGGAUUGCCAUUCAAAGAUGAAAAUGAAUUUGACUCGUGGGUUGAUGAUGGUGAUAACAAUAAUGAUGAUGACAAAAAUAUCAUCACGGACAUUGCAUGUGGGGCCAGACAUUCUCUCUGCCAAUCUGCGAAUGGGAGAGUUUAUUCUUGGGGCUGGAAUGUGUUUGGCCAACUCGGUUACGACAGUGAAGAAGAAUCGAGAUGGCAACCUACAGAAAUUACAUUUUUUCGAUCAUUCAAAAGUAAACGCAUAUAUGCUGGUGCCUGGAAUAGUGUUGUGCUCGUUGAAGGUGAUUAUUCUAGUCACCUGAUUGAAAGAAAUAGUUCUUUGUAAUAAUUUUGGCCUUUUAUAUUUUCUCCUGAAUUAAAUUUUAGUAUCUUUGUUCUUUUAUUGUGACGCCAUUCCUUGGGCUCUGUGAAUUUUGAUUUUUUUUCUUUAAAAGAAAGGAGAAUUUUACACAUUCAAGCAUCUUUGAGAAUUGAUUUUAUUUAUACACCGCCCGCCCAUAUUCAUUGCGUUGUUUUUUUACCAUUUCAAGAUUUUUUCAAUUAGAAGUUUUAACUUUGAUGCUUUUAAUGCUGAAAUUUUAACUGAUUUUACUCCAGUUAACUGUACUUACUUGCAUUAUUCAUUAAUAUUAGUGCGGUUCUUAUUAGUAUGUUGUUAUUAUUAUUAUUAUUAUUAAUAUCACCCUUAUUAUUUAUUAAUUUACGAAAGACUGAUUGAAACGUUUUAUUGCUAUAUAAAUAAUAAGAA